AUGUCCAAUAACUCCAGUAAAAGAGGAAUUUCACCAACUUCUAAGCCAAAUAAAAGGUCCAAAUCUGUAACCCCUACAACUGACGACUCAGUGCUUGACAAUGUCGAACCUUUAACUACUGAAAAAUAUGUGCAUUGUACACAAAUGUCUCUAUCGUCACCAGAUUCUCCAUGUCGCAGCCCCUCUAUCUUUACGUGCAGUAUGCCAACGGUAAGACUGGUUGACAUACAAGACACUAUACCUACGUGCAUUGAAAAGUCAGCACAGUCUACUAAACAGUAUGUGCUACUAAGGCCUAAGUCUAAAAUUUCAAAAAUUAAAGAGUCCAAUGGUCCACCUCAUACGCACCAAAAUACUGAUAGAUAUAGUAAUGACAUCCGACAGCUACAAUACUCUCUAUCCGAAAUUAACGGCAAACUUGAGCAAUUAGCACCCCUCACUCAUAUAUGGGGCCUUGAUACAGACAGAAAUCUUGAGCAACUCACUAAAGCUGAGUGUAUUUUGGAGUUUGUGGCUGAAGAAGUGACGAAGAGAGUAAUGUCCUCCUUCAAUGCAGUUGUGUAUAACCUCCCCGACCGCACACACCCAUCUAAGUUAAGAGAUAUUUGCCUUAGAGCAUGCGGUAUGCCGAACGUUAACUGCAAAGUCAUCCGCCUUAGAAAAAAAGUCAGACAGAUCAACUUGCCCCCUCUUGUUUAUGUUUGGCUGUUGUAA